AUGGCACAUGUUACAGUCUUUCCCAUCAUGCUAAUAAGCUUUUUCCAGUGUAAGACACUGUUUUCCACUAGCCUGGCAAGUGAACAACAAGAUGUAGGAGAUGCACCUGAGCUACAUAACACUGUGUGGGUUUCCAAGCAUGAGCCUGGAGUCAUUCUGUGCUGGAACAAUAACCUGACAAAAGAAGAAACUGAAAAGUAUACUGUGAAGUAUAUUUUGAGCUACAAAUUCUUCAAUACCGCUCAUGAGAAUGAAGAAAGACUGCAAAACAAGAAAAAGAGAAUAAAUCUUAAUUUACACUCUGGUUUUAAUGCUAAAGUCAAAACACAACUUUUUGCAAAAGAAACAGAUGAUGUAAUCAAGGAGAGUGGCUGGACAGAAUUUACUUACAAGGCACCUCCAGUGUAUAUUCAGAAUUUUUCAUGCAUCAUAUAUAACAUUUUUUUUUUCAAUUGCACCUGGUAUAUUAAAGCAGAAGCUCCUGAAGAUAUACAGAUCUUUUUUUCAUACAGACACAUAGGAAAAGAUUUUGAUUGCCAGCAAUACAUAAAAAAUGCAAGGAAGAAAAAUAUUGGCUGCCAUAUGAAAGAGAUUUAUUUCCAGCCAUCAAGAAAAAUCAAUUUAAACAUAACUGUAAGAGAUAUGAAGAAUAAUUCAAGACUGUCUUAUUACAAAAGUUUUACACCUCAGACAAUAGAGAAACUGAACCCGCCUAUCAACAUCUCAGUUUCCCUUGAAAACAGAAGCAUUCAAAUUCACUGGAAACCCCCACCUACAAUUGGUUCUGCAAGUAGCAAGUGUUUUUUGUAUGAAGUGAAAAUAACAGAUCAUAAGACUGUAAAUGUCACUGGGGAGAAAUAUGAAUAUCCGUUUCAUAAACCAGCAAGAAAAUGUGCAGCACAAGUAAGGGUAAAGAAAGAGAAAUGCAUAAGAAACAAGAUUUGGAGUGAAUGGAGUGAACCGGUGUUUAUUGAUCAUGAAAAGACAGUGGACGUCAUGCUGCUAAGCCUCACAUUGUUUUGUCUCCUGAUUUUCCUUGGAGGUUUGCUGAUACAUGCAUGUAGAAGGUAUCAAUGCCUGGAAGUUAUAACCAUGCCUGUUCCUCAUCCUUCAGAUAAUAUCAAAACUUGGUUAGCUGCAGAUGACACCACCAGAAUCACGUCAAAGCAAAGGGAGAUGUACUCAGAUGCUACUAUGGGAAAGCCAGAGGAGAAUGGAGAUGAGAAUAUUCAACAACAGAAAUGUUUGAAGGAAUCUGGAUUAGAAGAUCUACUAUGUCUGAUGCUCAAUAAACGGCAAUUGCUUGAUGACAUUGAUCGUCUCUGCGCUGUCCGUGACUCCUGUGUCAACAAGUGGCGCCCAAACAGGGACCCUCGGAUCGGUACCCUGCGGAGGCAGGGCGGAGGACCGACAGGAAAGGAGGGGGCAGUGAGCCAGCAGAGAGCAGUGCUGCCUCGGCCCUGGAAUUCAGACGUCUGCAUACUGGGAAAUCUCACCCUGAUCAGACCCAACAACGUGCAGAACGCUAGAAAUGUGCGGAGAUUUACCAUUGCUGAAGAUGAGGACAAUCCAGAGUCUGAAUGGGAGUCAGAUUCAGAAUCACCUGAGGCAGAGCCAGACCUGUACCCUCCUCUUCCUGACUCUGAUGACUAG